AUGAUUCAAGAUCAGGCUUCAGAGGAAAAUACCCAUGAAGACGAUCACUCUUCAAUUCGCUAUCAAUGUCAAGAAGGAUGGAUUUUAAUUUUCGAUAAAUGUUAUAUGAUUAUUCGAAGACGGGUAACAGUUUUUACAGCAAUGUAUUGGUGUGCUAGAUACAAUGCACAUCUACCUACAAUUAGUUCCGAUGCUGUCCUAGACGGCUUAAUUGCUACUUUCAAUUCAAGUGUAACACAAUAUUGGAUUAACUUGUUUAAGACAUCUAAUGACACUAGUAUUCAUUGGAAAUGGCGAAGGAAUCCUGAGUCAGAUUAUUUUCGAUGGGCGGUAGAUCCGUUAAAAGUCGGUUACAUUUCUGAUGAUUCUGUCUCUACUCUUGUGCCAGAACAUCACAAUUCCAAAGGUAGCAACGGCAAUUCUUAUCCUAGUGUAUCCAUUGUAUCCUCACUUUCAGCUGAUUUGAUGUUACAGGAUCCAAUCAUCAUCCAAAUGAAUAUUUUUUCCGGGCAACUGGUGCCGAUUGAUGGAGAUUUUAGAAGUAGUACAAUUUUGAACAACUUGAAUUUUAUUGCUAAUUCUGAAGGCUCAAGAUUAGUAUAUACUACUUCCUCCGAUUACUCACUAUAUGCGAUGCAAUCAACAAGCUUAAGUUUUACAUCAUUUACCGAUUACAUUGAAGAUAGCAUCAGCCAGCAUAUUAGCAGUUUUAAAGUGGGCAAGACAACUUCAGUGGUGCUCAGCCAAAGUUCUUAUGCAAUUAAUGAUCCGCUAGAUAGUUCUUUAACUACAGACGUAUACGAACAGAAAAAAGUUUUCGCUAAGGAAACGAUUAAGGUUAGCGCCUCAAAAACCGUCAAAUUUUCAGACAGCACCUAUCCAUCAAAUCUGUAUUUAUAUGAUGAGACUUUAGCAGUAUCUCAAAAAAAUAGUCCUCCUGUAACAAGUUCUAUGUCUUGGAUCUAUUCAACAAUGGCUAGUGCGUCCUUGCGGUGUUCUGAUUUAUUUUAUAAAUAUCUUGUUACUUCUAUUGGCGACCAAAAACGAUCAGAGGUAUUAGUAUAUGCUCAAACUAGCAACUUUAUAUCUGAAAUAGCAAAAAAAUCCUAUUUUAAUAAUUCAUCUACGACAAAAAUAAACGAAAAAGCAUCAGAUGCAGUUUAUGAUGAAAGUACAUUGCUAUUCGAUUUAAAUUAUCUCUCGGAAGAUACUUCACCAAGUCUAGAUCUUAUGAAUGAUGAAAUAUUGCCGAGUCCAAUCUACCAAGAUUAUCAUACAUCAUCGAAAGGAAUUGAUAGUGAUGAUUUUGGAUUAUCGUUACCCUAUACAAAUAAAGUCGAUGCUCUUAUCUUUCAAAAUGAAGAUAACGUGGAGUUUACUCAAAAUUCGACUGCUAAUACUGACAUCAACUCUUCGUUGUCAGAACAAUUUACGGAUGAGCAAAUAAUGGAGGCUGUUAUUGAAUUUGCUGCUAGUAUGCCUGAAUUUAAGAACUAUGAAUUUCUUGAGUCCGACUAUCAAUAUUUACUACAACUGGAAGAAAAAAGCCAGCAAUUAGCACUACAAUUAAGGGAAAUAGAAGCAGCAAUAGAUACUGUGUAUAUGAAUAAAACGAAUCUAUUGGAUGACUAUGUCAUUAUUAUUGCUUGGGCAAUGGAUAUGCGUAAUACUUCAUUAAGAAAAAGUUUCAGAAUGAGACGUGAACAAGUUAACGUUGGAGAUUUGAUAGCGUCAUGUAUAGUAUAUCCAAGCAAGGACUAUACGCAUGAUUUUUACAUGAAACCAGUAUCUGUAACAUUUCGAGGAGUCGAGAUUCCAUCAAAUCACGUCAGUAGCUGUGGCUUCUUGACCCCAUCAGGCAAUUGGUCAAUUGAAGGGCUACGAACAGCACAUCUCAAUUCUACUCAUAUAAUCUGCUUAAGUAAUCAUUUAACAAGCUUUGCUAUCCUAUUUCAACAGUCUGAUGUUAUCAUUCCUAAUCAGCAUGAUCAUAUCUUAACCAUCAUAACCUAUGUUGGCACGAUAGUCUCGUUAUUUUGUCUAGGAUUAACUAUUGCAACCUACACCUGCAUCAGACGCUUUCAUAGCCUCAAAGGAUUUGGACAUGCGAAUUUAUCACUUAGCAUUUUAAUAUCUAACAUCACCUUUAUAGCUGGCAUAGAUUCUUAUGAUGAUAAGAUUAAUGUCGUAAUUUUGGUUCGUGUUAUGAAAGCCCUUCUAAGCCUUCAACUGGUAAUUAGACAAUCAGAAAUUCAAAAAGUGAAGACAACUAUUAAAGCGAUUAUCUCGCUACUACCUAUUUUGGGGUUAACUUGGUACUUUGGAGUUGCAUUCUAUUGGACAGGCUCAGUAGUAUUUGCCUACUGCUUUGUCAUUUUUCAUAGCUUCCAGGGUGUGUUCAUGAUGUAUGUGCUUUGCCUGAGUAGUAAAGAAGUCCAUAAAAGAAAUAUCAAUGUAUCUAAAAUGAUGAGAAGAAAUAACAUGGUGGCGCAACAAUCAUCUAGCUAG